AGAGAAUUGCGGAGUACGUACUCCACCGAACCACACAGACCAGUUUACGAUCAUCAAAAUGAGAAUUCCACAUUCCUAACUUCUUUUUCGGUCUCUCCGAGAGAUCUCUUCUAGGGUUUUCCAGUAGCUGCGGCUCUUCAUUGUUUCUCUUUUCAAGUUUUCCAAUAUGAAGAAAAUGUAUUUAGUUGAAUGAUAUGAGCAUGCGCCUUUGUGAAUCAAGUCUACUUCUACCUCUAGGGAACUCAUAGUUUUAUUUAUUAGACUGGAAUGACUGCUGAGAAGGUUUCAUAUCCUUAUGUUAAGGAAUGUUCUUCUAUAUUUGAUUCUGGGCUUGUAAAUGAUUACUUACGAAGUUCUUUAUCUAAAUGAAGAACACCAAGUUAAACAGCAUGGUGAGAACAUAUAAACAAGAGCAUGUUUACAAGCACCCAUGGGAGAGAGUAACUUCUGCGUCUUGGCGCAAGUUUACUGACCCUGAGAACAAGCGUAUUUUAUCUCAUAUUCUUGAAGUUGAUACUUUGAACCGGAAGCUUGAUCGUGAAUCUGGGAAGCUUUACACCACUCGUGCUGUUACUGUGCAUGCUCCGGGACCAUGGUUCAUCCGCAAAAUUAUAGGCCAGGAGAUUUGCCACUGUAUUGAAUCAACAGUUGUUGAUGCCGAAACACACUCCAUGCAGCUCACCAGCCGCAACAUUAGUCUUCAGAAGUUCAUAGAAGUUGAGGAGAAGAUCCGCUAUGAUCCUCACCCUGAUAAUCCAAGCGAAUGGACAAUUUGUCGGCAGGAGACUAGUAUACAGAUCAAACCAUUAUCGGCACUAGCAUCAAUGGCAGAAAAGGUAGAACAACGAUGUGUUGAGAAGUUCUUGCAGAAUAGUGCGAAGGGUAGAGAGGUUAUGGAGAGGAUCUGCAAGUAUCUUGAAGCUGAAUCUAGAGGAAUCACCCUGUAAUUCUUUCUCACUUCUGUUUUAGACUUUUCCCUAGUGGUGGCUGUUAGGCUUCAGAGUUUCUUAGGAAUAGAAAUUAAUAAAGGAACCACAUCUAGCAAUGGAUGGACGAUCCGCCUUGAAAUACUUUACAGAUGUAAUUGCAAAUUUUGAAACAGUAAAUUUUGGUGCAUUGCCUUUCAUUUAAAUGUUGAAGAUCUGAUGGAUUGUAAAUGCAUUUAGUAGGUGUUUGAAUAAGAUGUUGCUUAAAUUCUUCUUUA